UGGCCAUUGUGACAUCAUCAGCCUGGAAACUAUAAAACUGUGCAGCUGGCACUGAGCUCAUUUCAUCGUAAGAACUUGAAGUGGACACUACUAGUGGACACAUCAUGUAUCUUAAUAUAACUAAUACAAUGUAUCAUCAUUUAUUUAUCAUCAUAAUCGGACUAUUUACUUUAUUUAUGAAUACCACAUCAGCAGUGACGGUUGAGAAUUUCACCUUAUUUAAAGAGAAGCUGACGCUGAAGGCACAUACAAUCAAUGUGAUUCCAUGUAUGUUUCAAACACUGAAACCACUCAACCCACUCAGAUUCCAACUGGAAUGGGGGAAAAUGGAUACGAAAGGUUACACGCCUCUAAUCCACCUGCACGGAGACCGCGUGACAGUGGCAUCGCCCGAUUUGAAGGACAAAUACUACAUUUUUGAAAGCCAGGUGGCAAACGGGAUCUGCUCUCUGGUGAUUAAUCCCACAGAGAUGACAGACAGCGGCACUUAUCAGGUCCGGCUGAAAAUUGUAGGAAAGCUGUACGAGCCGGUUCCAUCUAUAGACAUUCAAGUUAAGAAUCAAGACACAGAUUCACGGGGAUUGUUAGAUAAAACGACUGUGCCCCCAACAACUAUUGCAUCAACAGCCGCAGCCACUGUCUCUUUUGAAGACGAGAUCCUCCAAUAUAUUAACUCAAGUGCUAAAAGGGAGACUACGACUAGUAUAGUCCUUGGAAUGCUCCUUGUUGUAGGCGUAAUAGGCUUACUAAUAGCAGUCCAACAAUGUAUGAACAGAAGGCAAAAAAACCCGGCUGGUGACGAAGAAAACCCAUCUAGUGAUGAAGAAAACUCAUCUAGUGAUGAAAAAAAGCCACCAGUUAAGACUUCAAAGAAAGGGAAAGAUAAAAAGAAGAAGAAGAAGAAGAAAAGAGAAAAAAGCGAGUCAGAAAAGUCUUCUGAUGAGAGUGAGGAAAGCGCGUCUAGUAAAUCAGAAGAGAGUGAGGAAAGCGCGUCUAGUAAAUCAGAAGAGAGUGAAAGUAACUAGAACAGGAGUGACUGGACAUCAUUACAAGUAUAUCAUGAGAACAAAGAGAAUUUAGAAGCUUCCUUGGAUAAGAAUGACUUCUUGAUAGAAGAAUAAAUCCUAAAAUUGAAAGACGCUGCUUUAAUUGGAGGAAGGAAGGACUUUUGUCUCUUUUCAGCCUCAUCUCCGAUGUCACUAUGGAAUGAAAAACUGAAAGAUUUUCCAUUUUUUAUUCUAAUCUGUAAAUUCUGUGUCAUUUUAAAAAAAAUAUUUUCAAUAAAACCUAAAUAAUUUUAAAAUUUCUUCUUUGUAUUUGUCUCUUUGAGAUACUAUGUGUAGGGUUUUUUACAUUUGUUUAAAUGUCAUUAACAUGACUUUGUAAGUAGCAGAAUUAUGAAAUCUAUCCUUACAGAGU